AUGACGCGGAAGAAUAAACAUCUGACCCUGCAAAUAGCAGAGUUAAAAGAAGCUGUUAGACGUAAGUUUAGACAGUUUAAAGAUGGUAGUGUAGAGAGUGAAAGAUUAUUAGAAAAGCAAUACAAACCAUUAAUAAGAGAGCUAAAGAAUGUGGAACCCAAAACCGAAGUCAAAGUUGAACAGCUUUCUACAGAUGAACCGAUGGAUUAUGAGAGUGAUGACGAUGAUUAUAUUGGUCGACCAUUUAAACCAGAAGCUAUAUCAACGCCUAGAGCUGAAACUAGUCAGUUGGAAGAGGUUGUUUCGUCUCCAUCAGGAUUUCAAACCGCAUCUAAAUACAUCGAGGAACAAUUUCAUAACUCAUUGACUAAAAAGUAUAUGACACAGUUUAUAAAAGACGUCGGCGGAAAAAAUAGAACUAUAGACCAUGACUAUGGUCCACGGUUGGGUGAAAAUGGAAAAACGUUGUUGGUUGGGGAUAAGGUGGUAGAGUUUGAUACUGACGGCACUAUUAUUAUUAACAACACACGAUAUCCACCUACUGAGGGAAUAUACGAACUGUUAUUUAAAAGACUACCAAACAGUGAUGUGUAUACACAAGACGACCUAACUACAUAUAAGAGUAUUUUAAUCGCGACAAAUGCUCACAAAAAAGGUUAUGACUUUCACAAUCAAAUAAGACGAGACAACAAUUUAAAAUAUAGACACGUGAUCAAAGAUCUGUUUCCCAUUAAUAAACAGGGUAGAGGAAUAUCGUGGAAAAGUACAAAGUCUCGCGAUAUAGUGCAUUGGGAUAAUCCCAACGAAUUAGUAGAUAGACUUAAACUGUUGGUGGCAUCAGCUGAAACUGGUAACACCUCACAUGGUAAUGAGAUUCUUAAUAUUGUAGAGGAGCUACACGAAGCCGGAUAUAUAAGGGGAGCAGGUAAUAGUAGAUUUAAGUCACUUUCACAAUGGGUAUAG